CACAGUUCUCUCCCUCACGAACAUCAAGGCAGCACUCCCAGCCCCGAGGCGCGACAGCAGUUCACUUUUUCCUGCCCUGUAACUGAGACGUGAUGGCCGCAACGAGUCUGGUGAUGAUGGCGGUGAUGAUGGUGGUGAUGGCGGUGGUGGUGGUGGGGGGUCACGCCUCCCCCGCCCCCCCUCCCCGCUCCGCCCACUCCUCCACCACGGACGUUGCAACUCCAAAUGAACACCAGAAGAAUCGUGAUGGAAAAUUGUUCAACCUCCAGUUCCUGCCCUUCGUGUCGCUGGUCGUGGUGCCGCCCGUGGCCUGCCGGACCCAGAGCGACAACUCCACGGGGACCUGCGCCUCUGCGGGUGAUUGUGCCAGGGGCGGGGGCAAGGCGGACGGGACCUGCAACAGUGGAUUCGCCGUGUGCUGCGUGUACCAACUGAGGUGUGGCCAGACUCUACGUUACAACAACUCCUACUUGGUGAACGAUGACUACCCGAGCACUCUCAUGGACAUUGACAACUGCCAAUACACCAUCCAGAAGACCAACGACAAUGUGUGUCAAAUCCGCCUGGACUUCGAGAAGCUUGAGUUGGCUGGCCCGGACAACACCAGCAGCUGCAGCGUCGACACUUUCACCUUCGUGGGCACGGCCGGUUCGAACCCCACCGUCAUCUGCGGGAAAAACAACGGCCAGCACAUGUACCUGGACCUGGGCAGCGGCAACUCCGCGGCGCGCAUCAACAUCGCCACCACCAGCACCAACGCUAGCCGCUCCUGGCGCAUCAGGGUCACGCAGCUGCCCUGCUCCUCGCCCAGCAGAGCUCCAUCGAACUGCCUUCAAUACUACACCGACUACUCUGGCACCAUCAAAUCCUUCAACUACCAGAACACCGUGGGUCGACACCAGCUGGCCGCGCAGAACUACGCCAUCUGCAUCAGGACCAGGGAUGGGUUCUGCGGCAUCAAGUACAUCGCUGAUCACUUCUCCAUGUCACAAAGCGCCGAGACUCCGACGGAGAGGAAGGGCGACGCGAACUGUAAAUUGGACUUCAUUAACGUGCCGGCCGUGAACAAGGACGGCUCGGUGACCCUCGAGGACCGGUACUGCGGCAGCCAACUCAACGAGCUCGUCACGUACUCCAAGCCCUUCGAGGUCCGCGUGGUAACGAACGGCGCGGAGGAAACGUCGGAGGUCAACAACCGCGGCUUCUCCAUCAGGUACACACAGAUACCAUGCUGAAGACCCCGAGACGCUGCCAGGACCCGCUCAAACACCAGUAAGACACUGCUGACUACUGCUGAAACUGAUGAAACUCUGCUGAAACACUUCUCUGAGCGCCUAUUUUACACUUCUGAAACUCUACUGAAACCCUACUGAAACUACUGGUGGAUGAUAACUUGAGGAACCACUGCUGAGACCUGCUGAAACACUGCUGAAACUGCUGAAACACUGCUGAGCGCUUAUCUAUCCUGCAGAAACUCUACUGAAACUGUCUGAAAUUGCUGAGCGCUUAUUUACACUGCUGAAACUCUACUGAAACUCUGCCUGCUGAAAUUCUACUGAAACUCUGCCUGCUGAGGCUCUACCAAUCUACAUUCAAAUCCCUGCUCUAGUUCUGCUGAGAGUUCAUCUCCACGCUACUGCCCUGCUGAGCGGCUAUUCCUCGCCUGCUUGAUAGCCCCUCACCGCCCAACUGCUGAACGCUCUUAUAAUACCUGCUGAACGCCUGCUGAACCUCUGCUUACUGCCUUCUAUCCUGCUGAACGGCCCUAAACUACCUGCUGAACGCCAGCUGAACCUCUGCUUAUUGUCUUCUAUCCUGCUGAACGGCCCUAACCUACCUGUUGAACGCCAGCUGAACCUCUGCCUACUGCCUUCUAUCCUACUGAACGGCCCUAAACUACCUGCUGAACGCCAGCUGAACCUCUGCUUACUGCUUCCUAUCCUGCUGAACCGCCUUAAACUGCCUGCUGAAUCUCUGCUGACAGCCAUCUAUCUUGCUGAACAGUCCUGCACUACCUGCUGAACGCCUGCUGAACCUCUGCUUACUGUCAUCAAUCCUGCUGAACCGCCCCACACUACCUGCUGAACGCCUGUUGAACCUCUGCUUACGGCCUUUCCUGCUGAACAGCCCUGAACUACCUGCUAAACCCCUGCUGAACCUCUGCUUACGGCCAUCUAUCCUGCUGAACGGUCCUAAACUACCUGCUGAACGCCAGCUGAACCAGUGCUUACGGCCAUCUAUCCUGCUGAACGGCCAUACAGUGUCUGCUGAACCUCUGUUUAUGGCCAUCUAUCCUGCUGAACCGCCUUGAACUACCUGCUGAACGCCUGCUGAAUCUCUCCUUACGAUCUUAUCACAGCCAACUAUCCUGCUGAACGGCCCUUACAGACCUAGUGACCUACUGCUUGAUGUCUGCUUACCGUUCACUCACUCAUGAUCUCACUCUGCUGAACGGCCCACUAACUGUCUACUGAACGCCUACUGAAUCUCUGCUUACGGCCUUCUCGCAGCCUUCUAUCCUGCUGAACGCCUACUGGAUGUCUGCUUACCGUUCACACACACUGAUCAUACUCUGCUGAACGGCCCACUGACUGUCUACUGAACGCCUACUGAACCUCUGCUUACGGUCUCCCCGCAGCUCUCUAUCCUUCUGAACGGCCUGCUGGAUGUCUGCUUACCGUUCACUCACAUUAACCCUACUCUGCUGAACGCCCUACAGAUCGAGUUGAACGGCCUACUGAUACUAUGCUUACGGAAUUCUCAAACCCAACUAUCCUACUGAACGUUCAGUAAGACCUACUGAACGCCUGCUGAAUCUCUGCUUACCGUUCACUCAAACUAAUCCUACUAUGCUGAACGGCCUACUGAGCUGCUGAUCCUCACCUACUGACCUCCUCACCUGCUGAACGCUUCCCUGCUGGAUAUUACCCCACCACACACCUGCUAACAUGCUUACUGCUUCCUGAACUUCGGCUGACUGGACGCUGAAUACCUGCUGACGGGUUACUGAGUGCCUGCUGAAUGACUGUUUUAAUGCGGUCUGAUCCCCUGCUGAACGCUAUCUGACAUCUGUUGAGCCUGCUGAUUAGGAGUUCAUGAAUAUUUACUAACUGAUAUGCAAGAGUAGUCUUUACCUGCUGAGCCUGCCGACUGCAUGUUGAUCCUGCUGAAUAUUUGAAUCUUUAUCUCCUGUCUGUCUGUCUGUCUGUCUGUGUUAAUGUCUGCGUAUGUGCUGUCCUUUUUUUUCUUUUUUCUUAUUAUUUGUGAAUCUAUCUAUCUAUCUAUCUAUCUAUCUAUUUAUCUAUCUAUCCUGCAGUGUUGUUGUUGUAAUAUCGCCUUGUUGUUUGUUCGUUCAGUUCGUUUGUUAAUCAUUUGUUAUUUAUUUCGUUAAGGUCACUCUCGUUGUUAUUGUUGUUGUUGCAUAUUCAUUAUUAAUUAAAAACUUAUUUGUUGAAAGUAUAA